GGACACUAGGUAUUCUCCAACGGAAACCGAUGACUCCAUCGAAUUAAUUGGAAAGUUAUGCUGUUCAUCUAAACCAAGCAGGUGAUACAAAACAUCCGAUUCAUUCUCCUUUCCAUCCAUUUUCUCAAUUUGUCUCAUUUUUGGUCUUUCGCUAAAAUCUUCAUAUGCUAAAAUUGACCCUUUCUUCUCGAGUUGAAGGUUAUCUCGGUUAUGACUUACAGACUGAAAAGAUAAAUUUUUCAGAAAGUUCCCAUAAUGCACGAAAAUCCUGCAGGGAGGCGAAACCUGUCGAAACUUGAAAAAUCAGGGAAUGUCAGGUAAUUAUUUUGAAGUUUUUCUGAAAAAAAAAAAAUUUCCAAAUAUUAAUUUUCGAUAACCUCUUCUCGCGAGGGGAACUGUAAAAUUCAUACAUCCUUCGUAUCGUUCUGUGCGGCACAAUAACGCCCAUACUAUACAAGCCUUGAGUGUAACUUUUUACUUUCAGUUUCAUCAAUUUUACUAUGUGAAUUUGGUGAGCUUGACAGCAAAACAUGUUAAGCAUUGUUACGAUACAUUUCUCUCCAAAAGUGCUCUAUAGAUGGAACGGAACCGAGGUGAUCCAACGAAGGCGGAGCUUUCGACGUCAGGGCCGCCAUUGGAAGCGACGGCCUUUUGCGAAGGGUGAUUCGUGCGAGCUAAGGAACGGUAGGAGUGGUUUAUGUGUGGAGGCACCCAAAUGUUCGUGGUUUAUGGAGACGAUUGCAAAGAAGAAAAAAUACAACGAGCGAGUCGUAUGCGGAUUCGACGGUAAAACCGAGGUCAUCUGUUGUCCGCCGGAUGCUUCGAUCGCACAGUCGAUCGCUCUGAAACCGGGCGUCCGUACGAGGUUGGCAUGCGAUCAGGUCCCGCGAAUCGAAUCCCGGUCGACGUUCCACAUCAUCAACGGGUUCCAAGCGGAUGAUGGCGAGUUCCCCUUCAUGGCAGCGUUGGGCUACGAAAUCGAGGACGAGGGCAAAGGGUACGAGUACCGCUGUGGCGCUAGUUUAAUUUCUGACAGUUUCCUGCUGACGGCAGCCCAUUGUAUUCCCAAGAAUAGCAGGCCGGUGGUUGCUCUCCUGGGCGCUCUGUCUCUUGAACCCAACAACGCUGGUGUUUUGGUUAGAUUUAAAGAAUUCUAUCCCCAUCCGGAAUAUCGUAGCAGUAGAAGUUACAACGAUAUUGGGUUGAUUGAGUUGGAACACAAAGUGCAGAAUGAACCGAAUGUAAAUCCUAUCUGCCUCUAUAGUGGCACAGAAGACUUGCCCGAUAACGUAAUACUGUCUGCCGAAGGCUUUGGCAUCCCUAAAAAGGGUGAUCCGUGUCAACUACGGAACGGCAGCAGUGGUUUCUGUUUGGAGGCACCCAAAUGUCCUUGGUUUGUGGAGACGGUUUUGAAGAAGAAGAAAUACAACGAACGAGUCAACUGCGGAUUCGACGGUGUUAUCGAGGUCAUCUGUUGUCCGUCGGAUUCCGCGAUCAUACAUACGAUCGACCUGAAGCCGGGCAUCCGCACGAGGUUGGCAUGCGAUCAGGUCCCGCAAAUCACCGACCGGUUAACGUUCCACAUCAUCGACGGGACCUUGGCGGAGGAGGGCGAGUUUCCGUUCAUGGCAGCGUUGGGCUACGAAAGCGAAGACGUCAGCAAGGGAUACGAUUACCGCUGCGGAGCUAGUUUGAUUACCGACACAUUCGUGCUGACGGCGGCCCAUUGUAUUCCCAAAAAUAGCAGGCCGACAGUGGUUCUCUUGGGCACUAUAAAACUUGACUCUGGUGUGGUGGUUAGAAUUAAGGAGUUUUAUCCCCAUCCGGAGUAUCGUAGCAGUAGAAGUUACAACGACAUUGCAUUAAUUGAGUUAGAAAAAAAGGUGGUGAAUGAAGAGUAUGUUGUUCCUAUCUGCCUCUACAGUGACACGGCAGAUUUACCCGAAAACCUAGUGAUGUCUGCCGAAGGCUUUGGCAUCACCGACGUUGACCAUCAAACCCGAUCCGCCGAGCUGAUGAAGGUUAACGUAACUACGGUAGCGUUGAAUAAGUGCAACCAAACUUUUUUCGAAAAUAAUCUACUCACAAACAACCGAAGACUGGCGCUUGGGUUGAUCGAAACACAAUACUGCGCAACGGGGUUCGAGAACACGGAAUCAAAGCGCAUUGGAGACACCUGUCAGGGCGAUUCGGGCGGUCCCCUGCAGAUUGUGGAGGACAAUAAAUUCAAACUCGUUGGAGUUACGUCGUUCGGCAAUGGAUGCGGAUCGAAUACACCGAGUGUUUAUACGCGGGUAGCUCGGUAUAUCGACUGGAUUGAAUCAGUUGUGUGGCCUAAACCUACGCCCUGAUGCAGAUUAGAGAUUACAGAUGUUUACCAUGACAAAUGUAGUGAGGCGAAUAGAAUUAAUGUAAAGCAAAAAAAAAAAAAAGAAUGGUACUGACUCUCAUUGCACACCGUUCAUGUUUAGAGCUAUUCAAAAAAAAUCAAGUUUAAUGUAUAUUUUAACAAAAUUUGAUUGAAAAUUUC